CUUCUGCUAGGUCUUCCCCACAGCCGCUCCACUGCGGGGCUUGGGCACAGGAGUCUGGUCGAAGCCGACAGGCUGCUGGGGCUCCUGGGAGGAUUGGCAGACGGCAGAAGCAGGGGUGAGACUGGGCCGAGGAGCAGAAUCAGCACACCUGGAGGCAGAAUGUCAGGCAAAGAGGGCAAAGGUGCAGCGAAGGAUCCAGGGUCGGAGCCCACACUGGGGAUGGACCCCUUCGCGGACACGCUGAGGCGGCUGCGGGAGGCCUUCAGCGCAGGGCGGACGCGGCCGGCCGAGUUCCGGGCGGCGCAGCUCAGGGGCCUGGGCCGCUUCCUGCAGGAACACAAGCAGCUCCUGCAGGAGGCGCUGGCGCAGGACCUGCACAAGGCAGCUUUCGAGGCAGACAUAUCCGAGCUCAUCAUGUGCCAGAACGAGGUCGACCUCGCGCUCAAGAACCUGCCCACCUGGAUGAAGGACGAGCCUGUGGCCAAGAACCUGCUCACGCAGAUGGGCUCUGCCUUCAUCCGGAAGGAGCCCUUCGGCCUGGCACUCAUCAAGCCCUGGAACUAUCCCGUGAACCUGACCCUGGUGCCCCUGGUGGGUGCCCUCGCCGCAGGGAACUGUGUGGUGCUGAAGCCGUCAGAAAUAAGCAAGAGCACAGAGAAGGUCCUGGCUGAGGUCCUGCCCCAGUACCUGGACCAGAGCUGCUUCGCCGUGGUGCUGGGCGGGCCCCAGGAGACAGGGCGGCUGCUGGAGCACAAGUUCGACUACAUCUUCUUCACGGGGAGCCCUCGGGUGGGCAGGAUCGUCAUGUCUGCCGCCGCCAAGCACCUGACGCCCGUCACGCUGGAGCUGGGGGGCAAGAACCCCUGCUACGUGGACGACGACUGUGACCCCCAGACCGUGGCCAACCGCCUGGCCUGGUUCCGCUACUUCAACACCGGCCAGACCUGCGUGGCCCCCGACUACGUCCUGUGCAGCCCUGACACGCAGGAGCGGCUGCUGCCCGCCCUGCAGAGCGCCAUCACCCGCUUCUACGGCGAGGACCCCCGGAGCUCCCCGAACCUGGGCCGCAUCAUCAGCGACAAGCACUUCCAGCGGCUCCGAGGCCUGCUGGGCUGUGGCCGCGUGGCCAUUGGCGGCCAGAGCGACGAGAGCGAGCGCUACAUCGCCCCCACGGUGCUGGUGGACGUGGAGGAGACGGAACCCGUGAUGCAGGAGGAGAUCUUCGGACCCAUCCUGCCCAUCGUGAACGUGAGGAGCCUGGACGAGGCCAUCGACUUCAUCAACCGUCGGGAGAAGCCCCUGGCCCUGUACGCCUUCUCCAACAACAAACAGGUAGUGAACCAGAUACUGGAUCGGACCAGCAGCGGGAGUUUCGGAGGCAAUGAGGGCUUCACCUACCUGACUCUGACGUCCCUGCCGCUGGGGGGAGUCGGGAACAGCGGGAUGGGAAGAUAUCACGGCAAGUUCUCCUUCGACACCUUCUCCCACCACCGCGCCUGUCUGCUCUCCCACCCCGGCCUGGAGAAGCUCAAUGAAAUCCGCUACCCUCCCUACACUAACAGCAAAGAGCAGCUGGUCAGCUGGGCCUUGGGAUCCCAAAGCUGCACCCUUCUGUGAACACCCUGUGCCCCUCCAGUGCCCUACCCCCACGAUCCCUCUGUCCUGCCGCUGCCUAGGUGUUCAGUGUGGGGCUUGGAAGGAGGGGAUCCUGUCCAGGAG